UCGAUUCGCUCGUCUAUCGACGGCCUCAUCGUGUGGCAGACCAAACUAAUCGAUCCACGCUGCUGCUGACUUGUCCGAUCUCGGAUUUCCUGGUCAGAUGAGAGAGCUCGGAAAACAUAUAAACAAAUCAUCACUCUCGCUCUAUCACCUCGGAAGUCAGUUGUUAAUAUAACUUAAACGGCCGGGUGAUCGCACCGAGUAAAGGAUUAAAUUCUAAGUUAAUAUCUGUGUGUGCUCCCUGUAUCCGCGUUAAAGAUGUCUGCGUCCGCCGGCGGUGCUGUAUCUCCGGGCUUGGCCCUCUCUCCCGGUCCCGCUUCGUCUCCCGGCUCCGGCAUGUCCAUGUUCCGAUGGCUGGAGGUGCUGGAGAAGGAGUUUGACAAGGCGUUUGUGGACGUGGAUCUGUUGCUGGGAGAGAUCGACCCGGAUCAGGCUGAUAUCACAUAUGAGGGCCGUCAGAAGAUGACCAGCCUCAGCUCGUGUUUUGCUCAGCUGUGUCACAAAUCCCAAACCAUCUUUCAGCUCAACCACAAACUAGAGGCUCAGCUGGUGGACCUGCGGUCGGAGCUGACAGAUGUCCAGGCGGAGAAGGCUGUGGUGGAGAAGGAGGUUCAUGAACAGCUUCUUCAACUCCAUGCCAUGCAGCUCAAACUCCAAGCCAAAGGCGGACAGGCGGUCGACUCUGACUCCAUCAAGGACAGGAUGCCUGUGCCUUCAGUGGAGGACAGGGAGAAGGAACUGGAGGCCAGUAAGAAAGAAAAAGUGAAGGAGGCCAAGUUGGAGGCAGAGGUGAAGAUGUUGAAGAAAGAGAACGAGGCCCUCCGCAGGCACAUUGCGGUACUACAGGCUGAGGUGUAUGGAGCCAGGCUGGCGGCCAAGUAUCUGGACAAAGAGCUGGCUGGGAGGGUGCAGCAGAUCCAGUUGCUCGGGCGAGACAUGAAAGGACCGGCUCAUGACAAACUGUGGAACCAGCUUGAAGCUGAGAUUCACCUGCACCGCCACAAAACGGUGAUCCGAGCCUGCAGGGGGCGCAAUGAUCCCAAAAAACCCUUGCCAUCACCUGUGGGGCAUGACACAGAUUCUCUAAAAAAGUCCCAGGGAGUCGGCCCUAUACGCAAAGUGGUAUUGACCAAAGAAGACCAUGAAGGACUUGGCAUCUCCAUUACCGGCGGGAAAGAGCAUGGUGUUCCCAUCCUCAUCUCUGAAAUCCACCCCACCCAGCCUGCAGAGCGUUGCGGAGGACUGCACGUGGGAGAUGCCAUCUUAGCCGUCAACAACAUCAACCUAAGAGACGCAAAGCAUAAAGAGGCCGUCACCAUCCUCUCACAGCAGAGGGGGGAAAUCGAGUUUGAGGUGGUCUACGUGGCUCCAGAGGUGGACUCUGAUGAUGAGAACGUGGAGUAUGAAGAUGACAGCGGACACCGCUACCGUCUGUACCUGGACGAGCUGGAGGAGGCAUCAGGAGCCGGUCACAACAAUGGCACUGCCGACCCCGCAUCCCUACAAGCUGUAGGGAAGCACUUAGUGAACAACAGAACAGAGAAUGGAGAUGCCGCCUUGUCCAGUGAAUGCCCCUCAGACGACAAGACCUCCAAGACAGCAGAGUCUGCAGAAAGUUCCUCUUAGAUCUCCAGACAAACAGAAGGAUCCCGGAGAGGAGAGAGAGAGAGAGGAGCGUCAGGCGCAGAGACAGAGACCAGAAAGAGAUUAAGUCUGCACAUGUAUAAUAUGUAACAUACCAGAUUCUUCUUGUUUUAUGCCGUUUGGAGAACAGCCUGCUUCAGUGUCCACUGGAAAUGGAUGAACCACUGAGAAACACUGAGAGAAGAGGACAUAAUGUUACUCAGUGGCCACAAAGGAUUGUUUGCAAAUGUAUGUCACCAUCUUGCUUUAUAUUUGUAAAGAAACUAUGACAAUUUACAUAGACGAGUAAAGUGAUGGGAUGGAAUUAUAUGAUAUAAGAGUUGAUUUCCUCUUUUAUGUAACCUCUCUGUGCAUUUAAUGACCCUCUGUAGGUGAGCUGAAUUUGAGCUCAAAUGUAGGGCUCCGACUUUAAUGAUUCACUCUUCUUCUCUUGUACUGAAGUAGAUGGAUAUAGCAAUGAGUUACUGUUUGCUCAAAAUGUACGCACUUUGUUUUUAACCUCUGUGUUUUAGCCUAAUGUGAUCCUGUACUUAGCUGCUCUAAACUAAAGCGAAGGCAAACAGGAUGAUGCUGCUUCCUGUUCUGCUCACAGGGUGGUCAGGAGGGGACGGGGACAGAAAUGACACAGCAUGUUUCACUAAUAGUUAACAUCCAUGUGCUUUCAUUUCAUUGCUUACUUCACGAACAGUGCAAGAACAGAAGGGGAGAGGUGCCAUUUAGUUGGUCCACAAUAAAUUUGGGGGUGGAUUUCAAA